AUGACACUGCAAGUUAAAUGGGGAGACCAAACAACCCAACAUGUCAACAUACAACAAGGAAUACGUCAAGGAGCUAAACUAUCUACUCUCCUGUACAAAAGGAAUAAAAACACUAUCCUAAAUGCAAUCACAGGCAGUCACCUUGGAGCAAAGAUUGGUACCAUCUGCGUAGCUUCACCCACCUGUGCGGACGACAUCGCCUUACUAGGGGAACCACAGGAUAUACAAGCAAUGCUCAAUAUAAUGGAAUUCCAUACAAAGAGAGACAUGGUGAAAAUAAACCCAGAAAAAUCAGAAGUCCUAUGUACAUCUAAAAGAAAGAACUACCAACAAAAAGCAUACACCCUCGGUGAGAAACAAAUCAACAGAGUAGACAAGCUAAAACAUCUUGGUAUCACAAGGAACGUCAAAAGCAAAGUAAUCACAGAUGAAAGGCUAAAAACUGGUAGACAAACCAUAUACUAG